AUGGGAACCACGGCUGCCGCUGGGACCGAGGGGAGAGGCGAGGCGGUAGGCGAGGAAGACGGGGCCAUCCUGCAGCUUCUCGACUCCCUCGACGGCUACAUCUCGUUGAUGGGUUCCCUGUCGUCGUCGCUUCGUCAGGUGCGAUGCCAACAUGGCGUGCAAGCGCUCUUUCUCUUGUUCUCAGUCGCUAUGCGUACAUUCAGAUAAUCUCAAGAUCAAAAAAGACGGCCAGAGAAGGGCCGCUUCAUCGAGUGGAAGCUCGUGAGGCGAUCUACGCGUGAUCGUUUAGAAACUGGUUCGGAAUCAUUAUACUUGUUCGAAGUCGCCUCGUAAAUUUUGUUUCAAUCUCGCAAAUUCGUCUCCGAGAUGGGGAUCGGGGAGUAUCGUUCUCGUAAACAGAGGAGCAGUAAGUAGUACCUUAAUGGCGAAAAGAUUGAAAGCAAAGAAACAAGGCAGAUUUCACAUGUUCUAACCAGAAGAUUUGACGGCAUUUCUUCCCUAGGUUUAAUGAUUCUCUAGGCUUUAUUGACAGGAACCCAUCUCAGAUUAACUAUUAUCUUGGUCCCAUUGGUACAUGGGAUGCACCAAUUGCCUCCCAGAUUGAGAGAGGUAACUCAUCGUCAAGCGAUCAUUUUGCUCCUAAAAUGAUUGUUCAGUCGAUGAUUGUUUGCUCAUUUAAUUAUAUGUUUAAAUUUCCUGCACAAUAGCUAUAGAAUUCUUCCACCGAGUUUUCUUGCAUUAUGCAUACCCUCUGGACAUGAUUUCUACCUCGCGGAUUUCUUUCUACAGGGAUGGUUGGAACUCUCCAGCGCUCGCCAUUCUAUGGGCAACUCGCGCAUCUCCAGUGUACUCUUUGACAUGAAACCACACUCCUCCGCUACCACUGUAGAUUUGACUGUGUCUACCGGUGAAUGUCCCUCACAGUGAUUAAUACUCGCCAGUACCACAUGCUGGGAGAUUUUUCUACAUUAUUUUGCGGCACUUCUUGAUCGAAUGAAAGAUAUGACUAAACGAUUGAAAGCUGUUUCUGAACAGCCAGUGAUGCGGAUCAAGCAACGCAACCACAUUUUUCUCUUCUGAAAUGGGGAUCACGUGGAGAUGAGAAGAGUCCCUCCGUGGAGGUGGAUGGGAAGACGCCGAGCCAGGCUAGUUCAUGUUCAGGUAGAACUAUUUGCGGAUUACUAUUACUGAAGUGAAUUUCUCAGUUUUUAAGUGUUUUUGUGAGUUGACUAGAUCGACUAAUACCGAGGACAGAUGAUUCAGAUGAGGGGGGGAUUUCAGCUACUAUUUACCCUGCUGUCGCUGCUGACAAUCAGGUAAAAUUUCUCUCUCUCUCUCUCUCUCUCUCUCUCUCUGCCAAAUUUAGUAAUUGAUGUCUGUACUUAAUAAUAUUAGAGAAAAGCGCGGUCAUCUUCCAGUUCAUUUCUGAAUCGGGUCGUUCAUCGAUCAAUAGUAAUUGAAUUAAGGCGUAGGGAAGAUAUUCACCAUAGAUCUUUGAAUUGUUCGAGUUGAAGCUUUACAGAAUUUAUUCCAUAUCCUGGGUCAUUUUUUUCCUUCAAAUCUUGUUUCAUUCUUCGCUGAUAUAUCAGCUCAUUGCUCUCUUUUCUCCCGUCCUUGGGUUCUGCAGGUGCGGAAGAAGAGAUCCAAGGCUCUCUCCAUGUUCGGAGCUUUGGUUCCUCCAAAGCUUCGUGUUGCCCAAGGUUCAUUUGAGACCUGUAAGUCAACGCCACGAGUUAUCCAACUAAUGCAUCAAAAUAGUAUGAUCUUCUCUCUCUGAUGGAUCCAUAUUUUUUUCUCUCAGCGCUCGAGGCAAUCAUAGAAAUAGCAAAUACAAGGUCUACGAUCUUGUCUGCUCUGGGCCGGCUGCAGACAGUUGACUUGAGAAGCUGA